GCUAAAGUGGACUCUCCAAAAAUUGUUGCAGGAAUUCGAUUUGCAGGCUUGAAAGCCAGACGUGACUUCCUAAAAGACAGUGUUGCCUCUCUUAAAGUGCAUGAACACAAUUUGCAAUCUCUAAUGUCCCAUGUCAGAGAGGCGUCAAAAAUGUCCCUCCAGUUUGAAGCCCACUUUAAUAAAAAGAAGUCGCAACUUACAGCGGCAAAUGCAUGUCUUAAGCAGGUGUCUUCCAACGUGAUUUCGAUGAAGCACUCGCCAUUUGACAAAGUUUUUGAACAUGCCUUCGAGGUCUUUAUGGAACCUGACGUUUCUGUUACAGACAGCAACAAAUUCGCCCUUUCUCUCAAGGCAACUCGAAUUGACGAAAAGGAAACUUGUGGGACGAUGCUAGCAGCUUUGAAAAAAGUCUCCUCCAAUUAUGAGAAGACAUCGGAGAAAUUGGCAAACCUGAAAAGAUUGUGGAAUCAUUGGAUCGAGUUCUCUGUGGACGAAAAUGCUCACGACUUUCCUUAA